AUGAGUGACAGCAUUGGGUUCCAGCCAGCAGCUGUGCAGUUCUGCUAUGAAAAUGUCAAUGGCUCCUGCAUUCAGACUCACUACUCCCCUGUACUCCGAUUCAUCCUUUACCUGACCUAUGGCACUGGGGUUAUCCUGGCUGUCUUGGGAAACCUCCUGGUCAUGAUUUCCAUCCUUCACUUCAGGCAGCUGCACUCUCCAGCCAAUUUCCUCAUUGCCUCCUUGGCUUGUGCUGACUUUCUGGUGGGAGCCACUGUGAUGCCCUUCAGCAUGGUGAGGUCUGUGGAGAGUUGUUGGUACUUUGGCAACAGUUACUGUAAACUUCAUACUACUUUUGAUGUGGCAUUUUGUUACACUUCCCUCUUUCACUUGUGCUUCAUCUCUAUUGAUAGAUAUAUUGCUGUUACUGACCCUCUCACCUAUCCAACCAAGUUCACAUUCUCUGUCUCUGGGCUGUGCAUAGCUCUCUCCUGGGCCUUCACGAUGACUUACAGUGGGUCUGUUUUUUACACAGGUGUCAGUGCUGAUGGACUGGAGGAGUUAAUAAGUGCCCUCACUUGUGUGGGAGGCUGCCAGCUUGCCGUGAAUCAGAAAUGGACCUUAAUACAUUUUCUGUUGUUUUUCAUACCCAGCCUCAUUAUGAUCAUUCUCUACUCUAAGAUUUUUCUAGUAGCUAAAAUACAGGCUAGAAAGAUUGAAAAUACAGGGAGCACAGGGGACUCUUCAGAUAGUUACAAAGCCAGAGUGUCCAAGAGAGAGAGAAAAGCAGCCAAAACACUGGGCAUAGCUGUGAUUGCAUUUCUGAUUUCAUGGUUACCCUACUCACUUGACUCAUUAAUUGAUGCUUUUCUUGGUUUCUACACCCCUGCCUAUAUUUAUGAGAUCUGCUGUUGGUUUGCUUAUUAUAACUCAGCUGUGAAUCCCCUGAUUUAUGGUUUCUUUUACCCUUGGUUUCGAAAGGCUAUAAAACUCAUUGUCACUGGCAAAGUCUUAGAGCAUGGCUCUUCAACCAUGAGUUUGUUUUCUGAACAAGAAUGA